AUGUUUGGUCCAAAUAGUGCGAACGGUGGCUCCUCACUGUUUGGCGGAGGUGUGAAUACUUCCACACCGACUUCCAAGGUGGCCUCUUCUGAAAAUACGUUUCAACCCAGACAAAAGUCGUCAUCGGGAGGACUAUUUGGUUCUGUCAGUGGUGUCGCUAACGGGGUAUCAACACCGAGCCCCUCUGGAGGACUCUUUGGCAGCAGUCAAACUAAUAACGCACAACCUUCAGCAAACACGUUCGGAGCGAAAAAUCCAACAAAUUCUACUUCCGGGGGUCUAUUUGCAAACAAUUCAGCGGGGAACAAUUUAGGUCAACCAUCUGGAGGACUCUUUGGCUCCACCAGCGCUUCUAAAAAUCCAGUAGGUGGUGUUGGUGGUCUAUUUAGCCAGACAAACGACAAUGGAAAUAGUUUGAACAGUGGUGGAAACACUCUUUUUGGCUCGUCUGCGAAGAAUGCCUCCAACACGGGAGGUUUGUUUGGAAGCACAACCGCAAAUGGAACCGCGAGCUCUGGUCUUUUUUCAAACAAACCAUCAAGUGGUGGAGGAUUCGGAAUCGGCAACGCUGGAACAACUGCAAGUGCAGGCUCACUUUUUUCCUCUUCGUCCUCACAGCAAAGUCAAAAUGCUAGCUCUCUGUCGGCCAAUCCCUAUGGCCUUCAGUUGAACAGUCUCACAGGAAGUAGCAUGGCACCUAUGCCAGAAUCCAUUACUUCCAAUAUUUACAAAAAAGAUCUACCCUCAGAAAAGAAGAAUGGCGCAGAAAAACCUCAGGGCUCUAAUAUCUCUUCUCCCAACAACUCCUUGUCUUUCUCAAAUUUGAAAAGCAGCACUACUUUGAUAGGCAAACUGAGCUCUACUUUGAAGAGUGCAAGGAGAGCACAACCCACUCAAGGGCUUUUUUCACCAGCUAGGAAGUCCAUUCUUCGGCAGGAACUCAGUCAUCGCUCAGGAGACGACAUCAAAUCUACCGAGUCACAACCAUUUCUAAACUCAACCGACGCCGGAUCUCAGAACACCGCAAAAGGCUCUAAUCUGCGUAAACUUAAAAUUGAUACAAAUAGAAGUGCCUCCAAAAAACUCAAACUGUUGAAUGGGUCAAGCAAACCUACAUCCAUGAAGGUUCUGGCCGAAAGAAAACCAAUUCUAGGGAAAGAAGCACAUGAAGCUGAGACUGGGGAUAUACAGCUUGAAAAAGCAACAACGGAAAUCAAUGUUGAAAAUGAUUCGAUGAAAGGAAGUCACUCGCUAGGAGGAAGCUACUGGUGCUCGCCUUCUAUCGAUCAAUUGGUUCAACUUCCCAUCAAACAACUCUGUAGUGUUCCCGACUUCGUCAUCGGACGACAUGGCUUUGGUUCUAUAUCUUUUGAGAAUGAUGUUGAUCUAAGCUCUCUCGUCGAUGAUUUGGAACAUAACUUGUUUGGAGAAAUCGUGAGGUUUCACAACAAUAAAACCGUUGAAGUAUAUCCAGAUAGCGCGUCGAAACCUUCGUUUGGUUAUGGGCUAAACGUGCCAGCAACAAUUACAUUGGAAAAAGUCUAUGCAUUGGGACAAGGCACUAAGGUUCCUAUCACAGAUUAUAAUGCCAAAGAGGUUCAGCUUUUGAUAAAGAGGCUCAAAAUGCAGAAGGGUAUGGCCUUCAUUUCGUACAAUCCAUCUGGGGGCCUUUGGACUUUCAAAGUACAGCACUUCAGCAUAUGGGGAUUAGUUGAUGAAGCGGAGAAGAGCGAUAGUUAUGAUCGCUCAACCGAUAUGAAUGAUCGCAAAGUUGCCUAUCCUAGAAAUAGGGCCAUACCAAGAGUUCUAUCAAAAAAUUCUGACCCACACAAUAUCGAGAUUCGCUCAAUUGCAGCGGGAGCAAGUUAUGGAGCAUCAAAAAACAUUCUCAGUGCGCUUGACUCGCAAGAUGUACCAAUGCUGAAUAUCUUAGAUGAGAAACAGUAUGAGCCCUCUGAUGUCAACGAAGACGAUUUUUUUCAUUUGGAAGCGCAUACAAAGCUGUCUGUUUCAGAUGAUUGGGAAGUGCAGCUAAAGCUUGCUGGCGCAAAUACCGGCUCAGUUUUUGCGUCGACCAAAGUGCCGCGUAAUAAUUUAUUAUUCCCAUCACUGGAGGCAGAUUUGAAAAUGCGCAAAGACAUCAAAAGAAAACUGCGCAUUCUUGGACCAGUUCCCUUUGUGAGAUUUUCAGCCAACUCGAAGAUUUUGUUCAGCUCCCCCAAAAGUACCGAUGGCCUUAAACUCGUUCCCGUAAUAAGUCGUGAUGAAAAUCUUCAUCAGAAAACCCGUCAAACUCUCAUGGCUUGUAUGUCUCGGGCUAGUAUUGACACGCGCAAACAGAAUGGGUAUCCUUUUGUAUCACAAUGGUCCGUGACUGUUGAAGAAAUUGGACAUCUGAUUAGUGCUGGAAACGAUGCAACGCCUUGGACUCUUCUUUCUGUUCUCUUCGAUGAAGAAGAAUCUGUUUCGAAGAAUGUGGAUAAGGAGUCACGCGAGCAGACGAGAUACAAAAAACUCUGUGGCUGGGCGGCUCAGCAAAUCCUGUCAAAUCACAAACUGAGCGCUACUGAGGAUGCGAACACGAGUCUGUUUCAUAGUUUAGUUGUCGGCGAUGUGAUAGGAGCCGCCAAGUUGGCAAUCAAAACGAGAAACGCACAUCUUGCCGCUUUGAUCAGUCUCUUAACUGUGCCGAAUGGAAAUGUAAAGUUCUUAGCUCGGGAACAGUUAAGGCUUUGGAACUCGCUCAACAGAACGGUCGAACCUUACAUCAUCAAAAUAUAUCAUCUUUUAGCGGGUGAUCUUUUGGAGGCGGAAGGACUAGUUACAAUGUCGAGAGAGCAUACUUGGCUAGAGUGCUUCUCCAUUUAUCUUUUGUAUGGGGAUUUCAAAACCUUAUCGCUGAAGGAGAUUGUCACAAAGUUUGUGCGGAAGCCUUUCAGUGGAAACAGAUCAAAAUCUGAAGAGGUCAUCUUUCGCAUUCUCAAAUUCUAUGGUACCGAGGAAAGGAACGAGAAAAUCUUGGAAAGUGCCCAGAUUUCGCAAGAUACGCGAGAAGCUUGGUUUAUCAUGCAAAUUCUUCGCUUCAAACAAAUUUGCCAACUCUCUGAUAAAAAGAUGGAUAGAAUCACCCAAAGUUUCGUGGAAGAGCUUGUGGCCAAGGGCUUUCUCUCUGAAGCUUUGUUUUGCUUACUUUUCACACACAACAACGAUGUUGCUAAAAGAGAAAUUGAUGUAUUAAUAUCAAGAAAUGUUCAGUUCUUCUCUCAGCAAUCCUCGCAAAAGCUUCUAGAGUCAUUGCAAAUACCACGUCCGGUUCUUUUCAAUGGUCUGGCCCUUUUUGCCAAGUAUAAUGGUGAUUUCUUCGCGGAAGCGGAAAAUCUUCUAGAAGGUGGACUUAUCGAAACUGCCGCAAAAUGCAUUUCAUUGAAGGUCGGCCCUGAGCUGGUGCUGCAAGGAUGUCAAAACAAAAAAAGGCUAGAAAAAUUGAAAGACCUAUCGCAAAAGGUGCUCAGGCAGCGCACAACAACCUUACAAAAUUAUCUUAAUCUAUUUUUGAACUACACACAGUUCAUUUUGGAAGACAAUAUUGAAUUAAAACAAAUUGAGAAAAUUAUUCAGACACUGCCCGCUUAUUACACCGAUUGCGGUCAUUCAGAAAUGGUAUCGAUUUGCUGUUCUUUGAUGUCCAGCGAUAUAGCAUUGGCCUACCUAGACAGGUAUGCGGGUACGACAAGUGUUGCAGAUAUUAGCGAAAAGCUACUGACAUUGCCGAUGGGCGAACCUGAACUACAUUUCAUCAAAAGGAAAAUAGAGUCCAAAACCAACUGA